AUGGCACAAAAGCAUCCAAUAUUUCAAUUGAGCAAUCCAAAUGGUGCAGAGAACUCUCAAAGCUUCCAGAAGCAACAAGUACAAGGUCCGUCGGGAUACCAGAAUCAGAACCAUGGGCAACCAAACUACAGACCUUAUCAACAAGUAGAGUCAUAUCAGCAAAGGCUUCAACAAGCAGAGUCAUAUCAGCAAAGGCUUCAACAAGCUCAUUCAAGUCUUGAUGACCUUUUGUAUAAGUACAUUAUGGUCACUGAUGAAAAGAUGAAAAGUCAGGGUUCAACCCUAAAAAAUAAGGAAAUUAAAUUAAGCCAACUGGAAACUCUUGUGUCAGAAAAGAUUCAAGGUCCCUUGCCAAGCAAUACAGAGAAAAAUCCAAAGGAGCACCUUAAGGCCAUCACCUUACGGUCAGGUAAGUUGCUUGAUGAACCUUAUGCAGACCAGUCGGAACAACAGGUAAACACCAAUAAGAAUAUUGAAAUACCCUCUGAACUAUCUGAAGAGAAAGAAGUCAAUAAAAAAGAAGAAAAUAAUAUUGAAAAAUUGACUUCUUUCCCUGUAACAAUUCCAUUUCCACAAAAAAUGAAAAGAGAAAAUCUUGAUAAUCAAUUUUCAAAGUUUUUGGAGAUAUUAAAACAAAUUCACAUUAAUAUUCCUUUCAUUGAUGCUUUGUUGCAAAUGUCUUCUUAUGCCAAAUUCCUAAAGGAAAUUUUGUCAAGUAAAAGAAAAUUGAAAGAAAUUUCUAUGGUAAUGCUUACUGAAAAAUACAGUGUUAUACUUCAAAAUAGGCUACCACAAAAACUUGGCGAUCCAGGUAGUUUUACAAUUCCAUGCACUUUGGGAGGAGUAUAUUUUGAAAAAGCACUUUGUGAUUCUGGUGCUUCAAUUAACUUGAUGUCAUUUUCUAUCUUUAAAAAAUUAAAUCUUGGUGAAAUGAAAGACAUAUGUGUUUCUCUUCACUUUUCAGAUCAAAGUACUAAAAAACCUAAGGGGAUAAUUGAAAAUGUUCUCGUAAGAGUAGAUAAGUUUGUUUUCCUUAUAGAUUUCAUAGUACUUGAAAUGAAGGAAUGUCCUGAUGAACCAAUUAUUUUUGGUAGACCAUUUAUUACAACAUGUAGAGAAAUCAUAGAUGUCCAUCAAAGACAACUGAUUUUGAGAGUUGAUGAAGAAAUAGUCAUUUUAGAUAUGCAAAAGAUAUUAAGAUUUUCAGGAGAUGAGACAUCAUCUUCGUAUUUUUCGAUUGACAUGCUUAAUUGUCUUACAGAUGAAUUAAAAGAUGAUCAAUUGAAAGAUGUUUGGCCAAAUCUGGCACCAUACAAGAUGAUGAUCCUAUCAUCAAAAGAGAAGCCGAAAUACUAA